AUGGCGGACCCCACCGAUCUGAAUCUCGACGCGCCUAGCGAUCUUCAAGAUAUCCCAGAUAUGUCCAUGCAGCUUUUGCCUCCUCCAGAAGGAACGUAUCCUGAUAAAGCUACCCUCCUUGCAGCAGUGCAAGCUCACAGCAAAGCACAUGGAUACAAUGUUGUGGUCAAGUCAUCCAGUACUCCUACUGAGAAGAAGCCCGGACGGACAGCCAAAGUGUGGCUCCGGUGCGAUCGGGGUGGCCACUAUCGGCCCCGAAACGGGCUCACAGAGGAGACGAGAAAGCGGCGACGAACGUCUCGUUUGAUGGACUGUCCGUUUAUGCUGGUAGCAGCUGGUACUCCUGGCAUCUGGACGUUGACAGUCUUGAACCCAACUCACAACCAUGGGCCUGUUGUCGACAAGCCGCGACCAGUACCGCAGCAUAAGGUCCGAAAGGGCCAGAUUCCAGCGGUUCCCUAUGACUGGCCGCAUGAUGCGACUCUAACACCAUAUACGACUGCUUUAGUCAUUAUCGACAUGCAGAAGGACUUUUGUUCGCCUGGCGGUUACAUGGAAUACCAAGGUUACGACAUCUCGGCUGCGCAGAGUCUCAUACCCAAACUGCAGCAGGUAAUACCCCGAUCACCUUGGUCUGGCGGAGGGCUUCUGAUUGACGUCUGCUUUUCGUUCUACGGUAAAGGUCAUCGGCCAGAUCUCUCAACUCUCUCCAAUAGAGAGGCGUUUCGGUCGCGGAACAAUGCAUCCGGCAUGGGAAUUGGCUCCCAGGGGCCAUUGGGGCGUUUGUUGAUACGCGGUGAAGUCGGACACGACAUCGUCGACGAACUGUAUCCCCUGCCUGAGGAGCCGGUCAUCGACAAGCCGGGUAAAAGUGCGUUUUCUUACACCGACUUUGAGCUCCUUCUUCGAAAUAAAGGCAUCAAGAAUUUGAUCAUUGCAGGCGUCACCACGGAUGUCUGUGUGUCUACGACGAUGCGGGAGGCUAAUGACAAAGGCUUCGACUGCGUCAUCCUGGAGGACUGCACUGCUGCCAGCGAGCCGUCCCUCCAUGUGAGCACGCUCGAGUCCGUCAAGAUGGAAGGCGGCAUCUUUGGUGCCGUCGCCAAAGCGGAGGACGUGAUCCAUGCAGUGGACAAUUUCAAAAACAGUACUGUGAAGAAGCUGGCCCCUCAAAUGACGGUAUGA